ARAGAGAGAGAGAGAGAGAGAGAGAGAGACUGUAUUGACGAUUGGUUGGCAUAUUUGACACACAAAUGCAUACCUUUUUAUUUACAACACAUUAAAGCCAUAAAUGGGUUAUAAAUGUAUUGUUUGUUUGCUUGAAAUGAGUGCUUAUAUCAUGUGAAGAGUGACUAAACAAWUGUCAACACAUUUUUGACGACAAUAUGUGUCCAUUGAGUCCAAUACACAGACACUAAAUGCCAGUACUUAACCAUCAAAACAGACAGACAAUCACUUUAUAUUUGUUUUGUUUAAUAUAUAUUAAAUGAAAACAAAUGGCCAAAACUAUCGGCAAUAGGAAACGCUUCCGUAAACAGAGCUUCAAAAAAUUGGCCAAAGAUGCGGCCGACGUCGGACUGCCGUUCAGCGACCAAUUGUUCAAAGCUGAAGACAAAUCGGUUGCCGUUAGUUCGCAAUACAGGACACAAUUGGAUGUCGGGAAGAUUAUAUGGAAACGACCAAAAGAGUUGACCGAUGAACCUCAUCUAUUGUAUCGCCAGAAGUUAGGUCCGGCUCAAGAGGUCGAGUUUGUCGGCGACGGACCAAAUAAGUGGUUUAUUGCGGCCGCUCUGGCCAUUGCAACACAUAAGAGUGUGUUAUAUAAGGUGGUCCCGAAAGCCGACACCCAUUUCCUAUUUGGUAUCUUAAAGUUCAAAUUCUGGCAUUUGGGACACUGGACUAAAGUGGUCAUCGACGACAAAUUGCCCACUUUUGACAACCAACUGGUCUUCAGUAGCAGUCGCUGUCAUUCAGUUUUUUGGUUACCAUUAUUUGAAAAAGCAUACUCAAAGCUUUAUGGAUCCUAUGAAGCAAUGGCCAGCAAUUCUUCUCUCGAAACGGCUCUCAUCGAUAUGACAGGAGCUAUGGUUGAGACAAUUGAACUGAAAAGUGAUGGCAAAGAACGGGAACAGUUUCGUAUGCUAUGCGAAGAACUCGACAAAAAUGCUAUAUUAUGUGUCAAAAGCAAAGAAGCAAUAUCUUUACAAAACACUUAUGGAUUGAUUGAAGACUGUAUUUAUAUUAUUAAAGGUAUUAAAAAGCCUUCGAGUGGAACAUUCCGAAAGACAUUGUCGUUAAACAAAGACAACAUUAAAGACGCAUCCAUUCGUAUAAUGUGUACAAUUGCUUCAACACACAAAAAGAGUAACUUUCCAUCUAAUGGUCAAAAUUUUGAUCGUUUAAAAGAUUUUUGGAUACCAAUUGACGAGUUUUGCAAAUAUUUUACGUCUGUAACAAUAUGCCGGACGUAUACCAGAGACCGGGCGUCGAAAUUGUCGGGCAAUUCAAGCAAUCAAUUUUGUUUCGAUGUCACCGACGAUUGCGCUGAAGUGAUGAUUGAUUUAAUGCAAUCUAAUAGCAGACAAUCAGCGGCGGCUAUGGGUUUUAAUUUAUAUAAAAUUGAAGUAAACCGAGAGUUCAAAAUUCACAAUUUAAAUCGCGUACCAAAUGUCUUAACUGUUGACGCACUUAAACAGCGAAAUAUUUUCAAACGYAUUGACUUAAUUAGCGGUCGAUAUCUUUUACAACCCAUUUGUACUGAUCCAGAGAUGAAUGUGAUUUUGCGAGUCUAUUCACAUAAGUUUUCACAUUUUAAGGUAUUGAGUCAAGACAUGCCUCGACAUAAUCUGUUGCCAUUUGUUUCACCAAAAUAUCCCAAAUUUGUGACAAGAAUUACUAUAAUCAGUGCCAAUAUAUUGGAACGUCAGGAUAGCUUCGGAUCUGCAAAUCCUUAUUGUGUGAUUCGUUGCGGCAGACAAUCAGUCAAAUCGAGUCCUAUACCCGAAACACUUAAUCCCGAAUGGAAUCACUUCAGUGCUGUCUUCUAUCACAAUAGAUUUGUUUCCAUUAUUGUCGAAUUAUGGCACCAAAGUCUACUCAUUGACUAUUUUUUGGGUCGCAUUGAAGUAUUGCCUAAAAUCAAUACUAACGGUUUGGACAGCAGUUUGGAUAACACAACGUCCAUCCAGGAGUUGCAGCUAAUUAGCCGUAAAACUGAGUCCAAAAUUGUCGGAACUAUUAAACUCCAAGUUUUUACUUAUGAAGAUCUGCGAGCAUUUUGAACUAUUUUUUUAGUACAUAUUUUCCACUUAAAG